UAUUCUGUCUCUGACCUUUUCUCCUCAUGAUCUGCCCACUCAGUUUACGAAGACAAGCUUGUCCAGUACUACUUGUUGUAUGUGUUUAAUAUAAGUGAGAGCAAGAACCAGUUCCUCCUUAAUUAGUUUGCUGAUUCCACUUCCAAACAUGGGUCGGUCGCCUUGCUGUGACAAGGUGGGCUUGAAGAAAGGGCCAUGGACGCCGGAGGAAGAUCAAAAGCUCUUAGCUUAUAUCGAAGAAUAUGGCCAUGGAAGCUGGCGUGCCUUGCCGGCAAAAGCUGGCCUUCAGAGGUGUGGGAAGAGCUGCAGACUGAGAUGGACUAAUUAUCUUAGACCUGAUAUUAAGAGAGGAAAGUUCAGUUUGCAAGAAGAACAAACUAUCAUCCAACUCCAUGCCCUCCUGGGGAACAGGUGGUCGGCCAUAGCUACUCACUUGCCAAAGAGAACAGAUAAUGAGAUCAAGAACUACUGGAAUACGCAUCUUAAGAAAAGGUUAGCUAAAAUGGGGAUAGACCCUGUCACCCACAAGCCCAAGAAUGAUGCAUUGCUCUCUGGCGACGGUCAAUCCAAGAGUGCAGCCAACCUUAGCCACAUGGCCCAGUGGGAGAGUGCUCGGCUCGAAGCCGAAGCUAGACUGGUUAGAGAAUCAAAGCUACGUUCACAUUCAUUACAACAUCAGCUCGGUAACUCAGGAUCAGUACCUAUGCCUCCAAGGUGUCUGGAUAUACUAAAAGGCUGGAAUGGAGCCUGGUCUAAAUCAACAGAAGGCAAUGGUGGUGUUCCUGCAGUCACAGCAAUUAAUGGCAGCGACCUUGAGUCUCCAACGUCAACACUUACAUUUUCUGAGAAUGCGCAGACUAAUGGAGUUGGGGACAAUUCAAUGCCUAUGAUCGAGUUUGUCGGCUCUACUUCAGGUUCUUCCGAGACCGGAGCUGUCAAAGAAGAAGCUGAAGAAGAUAAUUGGAAACCCUUUGAAAACUCCGCCCAUGUGGCAGAAUACAAAGAGGGGAUAGAGAAUUCAUUGUCUUUUACAUCUAGUCUCCAUGACUUGUCGAUCUCUAUGGAAGGAACAUGGACUCCAGAAUCUCUGAUCAGGACAAGUGGUAGUACUGGACAUAUUCAUUUCGGAAAUGUUAUGGGAGAUGAGGGGUUCACUAAUCUUUUGCUUAACAACUCCGAUGAUCAGAUCAGUUUAUCAGAUGGAGGAGAUGAUUCUGAUCACAAUGGAAGCGGCAGCGAAUACUGUGAAGAUAACAAGAACUACUGGAAUAGCAUUCUUAAUUUGGUCAAUUCUUCCCCUCUGAUUCCCCAAUGUUCUAAGUUUGUCAAGAAGUCCGGGUCAUCAUCAUCAGAAAGUCAUGAAGAAGUGAUCUUCUACAACACAGUGCUAGCAACUCGAUCCUCAAGCUAACUCAAGAAGUAAUAUUGUUUAGCAUUAGCGAGUUUCAGAUCAGAGAAAUGAUGACAUUGCCAAAGCAGUACUACUAGUAUGGUUGCUUCCACAAAUUUUAUAUCUGAAAUGAAGUAACCGAAUGCUUCACAUGUUUGAAAA